AUGCCUGCCUUUGCCUUGGGACUGUGGAGCUACCGCAGCGUCGCCCUCGCCGCCGCGACGCCGCUGCUGCUGCUGCCUCUUCCUCUCAUCGGCAGGACGAAGGUGGCAGAGUGCGCCUUCGUUCUGCUGCUCAUGGCGGUGUACUGGCUGACUGAGGUGAUGCCUCUGUCCAUGACGGCCAUGCUGCCCGCCGUGCUCUUCCCUCUGUUCGGCAUCAUGAAGUCUUCUGAGGUGGCGAGCAUGUAUUUUAAGGAUUUCCACUUCCUGUUGGUGGGGGUCAUCUGCGUGGCCUCGGCCGUGGAGAGGUGGGGGCUCCACCGCAGAGUGGCACUGAGGCUCGUCAUGCUGGUGGGAGUCGACCCCGCCUGGCUGAUGCUGGGCUUCAUGUCCGGCUGCGCCUUCCUCUCCAUGUGGGUCCACAACACCUCCGCCGUUACCAUGGUGAUGCCCAUCGUGGAGGCCAUGAUCCAGCAGGUGCUGAAGGCGGAGGGGGAGCCGGCCGCCGGGGAAGACAACGCCGGCCUGCAGCUGGACGAAAGAGUCGAGCUCGAGGAAGAGAAGGACAGAGUGAGCACAGAGCAGCAGCCGGAUGCUCCUGAACAGACAGACGCUCACAUCCAGAUGCAGACAGUGUCAGAGCCUGUGGUCACAGCCUGCAGGACCAGGAGGGAUCAGCUGAUGUGUAAAGCCCUGAGCAUCAGCAUCGCCUACUCAUCCAACAUCGGAGGCAUCGCCACCCUGCCGGGGACCUCGCCCAACCUCAUCUUCUCAGAGUACAUCAACCAGAUUUACCCAGAGUGCAACUGCAUCAACUUUGGGAACUGGCUGCUGCUGUGCCUGCCGGUCAGCGUGCUGAUGCUGCUGUUGUCAUGGAUAUGGCUGCACUGGCUGUUCAUUGGCUCAGACUUCAGCUUCCUGUGGCGGUGUGGCAGGGAGCGAUCGGAGAGAGCGAAGGCAGCGAGCAGAGUGAUAGAAGAAGAGUACAGAGCUCUGGGGCCGAUGAGCCCCCAGGAGGUUCUGACCCAGUCCGUCUUCCUGCUGAUGGUUCUGCUGUGGCUGAGCAGAGAUCCAGGCUUCCUGCCCGGCUGGGCCUCGCUGCUCCCCCAGUUCUCCAGCUGCACCACCGACGCCACUGUGGCUCUCCUGCUGGGCCUCCUCCUCUUCAUCAUCCCCGCCCACGGACCCAACAACAAAUUCGAGGCCAUGAUCCGCUGGACGGACUUCCAGGCCUCCAUGCCGUGGGAAGUCGCUCUGCUGGUGGGCGGAGGCUUCGCGCUGGCCGAAGGCACCAAGGUGUCUGGCCUGUCGUCCUGGGUGGCAGAGCUGCUGACUCCCUUGGGUGAUCUGCCGGUUUUGGCCACGGUUGCGGUCGCCUGCGUCAUCGUCACCACGGUAACGGAGGUGGCCAGCAACGCCGCCACCAUCACCGUCUUCCUGCCCGUCCUCGGCCCGCUGGCUGAGGCGAUCCACGUCAACCCGCUCUACAUCCUGAUACCCACAACCCUCUGCACCUCCUUCUCCUUCCUGCUGCCCGUGUCCAACCCCCCCAACGCCGUCGUCUUCGCCUACGGACACCUGAGCACCGUCGACAUGGUGAAGGCGGGGCUUGGCGUGAACCUGAUCGGCGUCCUGGCCGUGCUAUUGGCCGUGACGACGUGGGGAGUUCCUUUAUUUUCUCUGGACUCGUAUCCUGAUUGGGCGCCGGUUCUCCCCGGCUUCAACUCCACGGCACCGUGACGAUGUUCCUGCUCUGGUUCUCAAAGCGGGGCCCGGGGACCCCGGGGGGCCCUGGAGGAGGUUCCUCAUGUAACAGUUAGCUGUGGCAGAGCGAUUUGAUUGGACGAGGCGUUCCAUCAGAGCUGAUAAAAGCACUCUGACAUUUUACUGUGACGUGUCCACGAAACUGACACCUUUCUAGCAAUAAUAUGAAAUAAUGAAUUGUUGUCAGGAGAGGACGAGUGACAGGAAACAAGCCGUAUGUCUGCGUCCUGUGUUUUUCUGUGCGUUUGUUUGUUUGGCUCCCUCUGCUGGGGGUCCCGGGACACUGCACUGCCUUGAAUAACAGCUGUGUUGGAAGCUGAUGAUUAGUGGUGUAAUCAACUUUCUCUGUCAUAAUGUAGGCUUUUUGUGUUUUUAUGCUUUUUAUGUUCUUUUAAAUAGAGGUUUUACGUGAGAAUUUUGACAUUAAAGUCGCCCUCAAGUCAUUAAUUAAAUGCUUAAAGGGCCUUAAAAUAAUCUCUGUUCGUCAGUAUUACAUAUUUAAAAGGUUUUCUUCCAUGAAAAAACAUCCCGUGUGCCUUAAAUCAAGUUCUAAAUCUGGCCCUCAUUAAAAUGUGCAGACCCGGUGAAUAAUGGGCCCCUUGGUGCGACUCAGCUCAGCUCUACAGGCUUUUACCUUUCUGGGUUUUGUUUUCCACUGCAGAUAA